AUGGAUGCAUCGAGAAAUUACCCUUUGGAGCUCCCUAACAACAUUGAGCUACAUUACUUCAUUGAUGACCCUAACUUUGAUCAGUUCAUCGAUCUAAUUCCUGGAGAAAACGAAGAUGUCGUCGCCGGUCUUGAUUAUGAUCUUGUCAAUGGUUGUUUUGUUGAUAAGCAGAUUAGUUCAACACCUGAUGGGGAUGCUUUUGGCUUUGAUGCUACAAGCGUCAUGGUACCGGAUGCUAGCUAUAUUUUCAACAAUGCACUGUCAAGUUUUGAUGGAGAAAUAAUGAAGGAUGCAGAGGAAGAUAAUGAUGGUGAGGAGAACUCUUCCGGGACAACAACCACAACCAAAACCACUACCACAACAACAACAGCAACAGCAACAAAGAAAGCAAAGGUUGAUCGGUCAAGAACUUUGAUUUCAGAGCGGAGGAGAAGGGGUCGGAUGAAGGAGAAGCUCUACGCAUUGCGUUCCCUGGUUCCUAACAUAACUAAGAUGGAUAAGGCUUCCAUAAUUGGAGAUGCUGUAUUGUAUGUGCAAGACUUGCAAAUUCAGGCUAAGAAGUUAAAAGCUGAGAUUGCUGGUCUUGAAGCGUCAUUGGCAGGGUCUGAAAGGUACCUAGAACCAAUCGAUAACCCUGUGAAAAUUCGAGUUGCAAGAAACAGCCACCCCAUUUGCAAGAAGAUAUUACAGUUGAAUAUGUUUCAAGUGGAAGAAAGAGGGUUUUACAUUAGAUUGGUGUGCAACAAAGGUGAAGGGGUUGCAGUAUCACUUUACAAGGCCCUUGAGUCCCUAACCAACUUCAAAGCUCAAAAUUCCAAUCUGGCCACUGUUUCCGACAGAUUUUCAUUUACUUUUACUCUAAAUGUCAGAGACUGUGAGCAGUCCAUGAACUUGCCAAACCUGAAGUUAUGGGUGACUGGAGCUCUUCUGAACCAAGGAUUUGAGUUCAUAACACCUUUGUCUUCCUAG